GGCUAUUCUGGCCUCCAACCCCGGUGAAUUGGAACACGACACGCAAGUCGAUACAGAAGUCCAAUCUUCACCCACACGCACCCUCACACUCUCUCGGCCCUACGUAAGGGCAGAUUGGUGCUGCGCAUCUUUGACUGGGCAUGACUUCACCCGUCAAUCCUCCCUCCCUCGCUAGUCUAGGCCCAAAAGCCACCCACCAGCCAUCCUCUAAUCCCAAGCCAGCUCGUUCCCCACACUCCGACUGUUUGCUUUGGGCUUGACGCCACACUGCGCGUUGCACCUCCUGUCCCGAGUCUUGAACACCAACUCUCCCCGCGUACCUAGCUUGCCGAGGAUCAAUUGUACAGAGCAACACAAGGAGUUCAAGCACAUUGCGACCACGACCACAGGAUGCAGUCGGUGUCGAGAUCAUGGGGCAAACUGGUGGGCAAGGGGCCAGGCGAUAAUGCCAAAGUCUCGUUGAUGCUGAACGACUUUGAGGAUGCCGACAAAGUCCUUGUUAAGCUCAUCGACAGCGCAAAAUCUUGGAGAGAGGCCUGGAUCUCCCUCGUAACAUCACAGCUCGGGAUAGCUACUGAAUAUGAAGGCCUGUACGACCCGAUUGUUGGCGCGACCGAUGGCCACGGGAAGGAGAUGACACCGACGCCUGAGUCUCAACUGCAGCGCACCUUGAGGCUGUGCGAGGUUUACCGCGAGCUCAAGGACGAGCUGAUGGAGGAGAUUGGCCAGAUAGAACCUCGCGUCAUAAAGCCGGCCACCGAUGCCAGGGACUGCAUACAGCCUAUUCGAAAGACCAUCAAAAAGCGAGAGAACAAGCGCCUUGACUACGAGAAGCAGCAGGACAAGGUGAACAAGCUGGCGAGAAAGUCAGGCAAGACGCCAAAAGAAGAAAAUCAGUUGGCCAAGGCGCAAGAAGACAUGAACAACAUGGCAGAGGAAUUCCAUAUUGCGGACGGACACUUGCGGGAGACGCUGCCGCACAUAGUCAACGCCGCGUUUAGCAUGGUUCCGCCCCUGCUCGGGUGUCACGUUCUUAUACAAAACAAGCUUCUCGGGCUUUACUACACCUUCUUGAACGGUUACUGUGAGGAGGUUGGCUUCCCUUCGCCUCCGCCACCCAUGGAGCAGGUCGUCGCCGACUGGACCGCCGAUUUCAAGCCAGUUCAAGCCGAGAUGGAACAGAUCGGUUGCGUCUCGCGUGGCAAGGCCAUCCACAUGUCGAUGCGCCUACCCGCAGAACAGCCCGAGCAGCCUGGAGCCCGCCGCGUGGUCGCCCCGCCCCAGCCGGACGCUCUACGCCGCACCUCGACCGGCCUCAUACCCGGCAACGAUCCCAAGGGCCGGCUCCAGCGCAUGUCUUCGGCGCCCGCGCCCGCGCCGCCAUCCCAGCCUACCCCUCGCCCGGGUCUCGGCGGCGCCCACCUCCGCGCUACAGACUUUACGACUGCAACGGCACUCGGUGAGCCGUCUUCAGCACCACUUGUCGUUCGUCCAAGAACGCAGGGCCCGCUUGAUUAUUUCGGCCACGACCGGCCCCAGCACUCGCCCGCCAGCACGCCCGGCGGUCACGGCCACCCGCAACCCCAUCGCCAACCAUCAUCAUCCAGCAUCAGCGCCGCUUCCAUCGCGGCCAAGAAGAAGCCCCCACCACCUCCGCCGCCGAAACCGCGCAUCCCGGCCGCAAAACCGCCGGACGAGUUUGUGGUCGCCAUGUUUGCGUUCCCGGGACAGGGCAAGGGCGAUUUGUCAUUCCAGGCAGGCGACAGGAUCAGAAUCAUCAAGAAGACCCAGACGGCUGAUGAUUGGUGGGAGGGCGAAGUUGGUGGCCGAAAGGGUAGCUUCCCUGCUAAUUAUUGCCAGCCUGCUUGAUGGAAAGUCGAAAAUCAAAUGCAAAAAGAAAUCAGAGCGAUGUUGAAACCUUAAGUGGAAACGGAGCGAAAAAAAACUAUUUUUAAGCGUACAUACAUAGAAUAAUCCCCAUUCAUAAUGGGCUAUAUGCAAAUUUGACUCUUUUAUGUAUA